UGUCUUGAAUUAUAGCUUCUGGUGAUAAUUGCAGCAGCCAUGGCGUCUGGGGGCCCUGCGCCAGCGGACGCCCUGUCAGAAGCCAAUUUGCUGGCGCUGACUGGGGACGAUACGCUGGAAGAAAUACGGGAACUUACGCUACGAAACCACAAGCUCCAGAGCUUUGAUGGCCCCGACACGGCCAGACUCAUCAACUUGCAAGUAAUGUCGCUCUCGCACAACAUGCUCUGCUCCCUCGCGGGCUUUCAGCACCUGAAGAGCCUGGUCAGCCUCAACCUCAACUUCAACGCGCUCACCAGCCUGGAUGGGAUCGGCAGCUGCACGGCGCUGCAGCACCUGUUCGUGGCGAACAACCGCGUCCGGGACGUGGGCCCGCUCGUGUCGUGCGAGCACCUGCAAACGGUGCACCUCUUCCGCAACAACAUCGGCAACCUGGACCUCGCCAUGGGCGUGUUGGUGAACCUGCCAAAGCUCAAAGAGCUGGAGCUGGCGGGGAACCCGUGCUCGAUGGCGCCAGAGUACAAACACCGUGUCGUGCUGCAGCUGGACCUGGAGAGCCUUGACGGCGACCAGAUCAACCAGCUAGACUACGACCUAGCUAACGAAUACUUUGCCACUAACGGCGGGAUGCCUGAGGGCGCGGGACCGCGCGUGGACAUCCUCACGCUGGAGGAUGUGGACGCUGGCGGCGGCGCUGGAGGCGGCCGGACCAGCGGCGGCGGCAUGGGCGGCUCAGAGUCCACAGCUGAGGCCGCAAGCGUCUCAGGCGAGCCAUCAGCCGCAGAUGCAGGCGCAGGCGCCGCUGGGGCAGGGGCAGGGGCAGGGGCAGGGGCAGGGGCAGGCAGCUCGCAACGCAACAGCGCCAGCGGCGGCCUAGGUCCGGUACCAGAGGGCGCGCCAGCCGCUGGCGGCAGCGGCGGCGGUGGCAGCAGCAGCCGCGCGGGGCCGCCGCCGUCCACGGCCUGGGUGCCGCUGCCGCGCCCAGGCACCGCAGCCGGGCGCAACAUCCCCGCCGGGCCCUCAGGGGCGCUGCUGCUGCCGCGCCCGGGAACCGCAGCCUUCCGCCCCGGCACGGCGACUGCCAACGGCGCCAAUGGCUCACGGCCCGGCUCCGCCUACUCUGGAAGUCAGGUGUCGGUCCAACUCCUCAGCAACGAAAUACUGAACGACCACCCCCUCAUCCUCGAGUACCUCGCAAAGCACGUGCUCAUGGAGGGGCUAGCGCUGGCGGAGGGUGCUGGCGGCGGUGGAGCCGGCGGCUUCGCUGCCGGCGCCGGCGCCGGCGGCGCCUCCGGCUCCGCCGGCCGUCCAGGCAGCAGCGGCGAGGGCGGGCGCGCGGGGCGCGGCCCCUCGUUUGCGCAGCGGCUUCGCGACACGGCGGCGGCGAUGAACGCGUGUGAGGACGUGGACGCCAAGACGCUGGCCGGCACCGGCGCCGAGCUGAUCGCCACGGCGCAGACGGUGCGGCGCGGCAUGGCGGAGGAGAUGGUGGCGGCGGCGGGGCCGCACGAGCUGACGCGGCAGCUGGUGCGCCUGUGCGAGGUGCUCAUCAAGGAGGUGGAGGCGUCGCGGGCGGGGCGGCCGCACAGCGCCCAUGCGGCGCUGGGGAGACCGGGCACGGCGGCGGGCGCGCGGCCCACCACGCCAGCUCCGGGCGGCGUCUCUGCCUCCGGCUCUUCAACAUCCUCCGCCCCUGGUGGCGGCGUGGUGGUCGUGUCCACGCCCGCCUCCGCCGCGGAGGGCGAGCUGGCGGCUGCUCGUGCGGAGGUGGCGCGCCUGUGCCGCGAGAAUAAGGCGCUGCGGCUGGAGAAUGAGAACAUGUACUGGCUGGCGGAGGAGAUGAAGCGGCUUAAGGCGGAGCUGGAGCGGGAGCGGGCGGGGAAAUAGGGGCGGGGGGCUGAGGAGGCUGGCGAGGAGAAGAAGGGGUGGAGGUGGAGGUGGAGGAGGCGGCAUUAAGACGUUGUUGUCACGCGCAUGCGUGCAUGCAAGACCUGGCAAGAUGAAGGUGGGUGUGGGACAAUGGCGCAGAUGUACCGGGGGCGGGGGGGGGGAAUUGCGUGCGUCACGCGGAGGUGCAUGGAGAUGCACAAAUGCGGAUGUAACGCGGUCGCUGUCAACCUGCUUGGCUUGGGAUUGUGGGCUUCAUAAGGCUCGGAAACCUUUCAAUGCGGUCAGCCCUGUGGCCUUGUGGCAAAGGAAAGGCUUUUGUGUUGCGGAGGCGGGCGGUAGGCGCGCGGGGUCCGGUGGUAGGCGGCGUGCCGGAACGUAAGGUGGCGCGUGUGUGGGCUGGACACAGCUUCCAGAGGACCGAGCGGGGUGGGCGUGGACCUGACGUGGCGCGUGAGAGGUAUUGAAGAAGAGUAUAAAAUGCUUUGCGUAUAGUUCUCGGGGAGGAUUGGAGGGGCAGGAGGGCUCCAAACGUUGGCCCACCCGAACUUUGGGCGUUGUCGGACCACUCGCUUCGAUG